GCCCUGCAAUAUACCACGACGACAUAUGUGGUGACACCGCGCUAUAAAGUUAUUGCGCUCUACUUUCCGUCACUAGUCGUGCGCAUGUAUUGAUAUAUGCAUCGGGAGAACGGAGUGUACUGGAAGCACAAAACAGUCGGUAAACAUGGCGUUCAACUGCUGCGAAAAGACAUUCAGUUGUCUCUUCAUCUUCUUCAAUGUCGUCUUUUCGGUUUUUGGACUGGCCACCUUGGCUUUGGGAAUCUAUCUCAAGGUUGAACCUGAAGCUUCUGAACUAAUAAAGGUAGUUGAGAUAGAAGAUGGAGCACACUACCUCACGAAUGGAGCCUGGGUCAUCAUUGGCUUUGGUUCUCUCGUAUUGCUUGUCUGCUGCUGUGGAUGCGUGGGAGCUGCCACUAAGAGCAAGUGCUUGCUGGGACUGUACAUCUGCUUUUCCGUGAUAAUCGUCAUAGGGGAAAUAGCGGCCUUGGCAAUCACAAUCAUCAUGGUUGUGCGGAUUGAUGACGUCAACACUUUCCAAAGCAACCUGACAGCAAAGGUUCAGAAUGAGUACAAGAGCAUGAAUGAGUCCAGCCAAUUCAGAGACUCGUGGGACUACCUUCAAAAAACGUUCAAAUGUUGUGGUGUCGCCGGCUACAAGGAUUUCGACGUGGUGUACACCGGCGCUGAUAAGGACAAAGUACCGGCGAGUUGUUGUACUGCCUCGGGUGGAAUGGCGACAAAUUCCACCGGACACUGCAAAGAUAUGCACCAAAAGGGAUGCUUUGAACUUCUGAGGGACAAGGUACAUGAGUACAGCGAUGCGCUCUUCAUAUUUGAGGCAAUCGUAAUGGUGGUCACCAUAAUCGGGAUCAUCAUUGCAGUCUGUCUGUGCAAACGAAGUGGUGAAAAAGUAUAACCAACCUUUCGACUUUUCCUUUGCGGAUCUGUAACACAUAUUUAGAUGGUUAUGUGCACUUUAUAUUCUUUGAAAAGUACAGGCUGUUAAUUUAGAAGCAAGGUCUGAGAUCAAAUUUUCAAUGUUUCAAUUUUAUUGUUGUUAUUUCUUAAGUUACCAACACAAAACGGUGUGCAUUUUUCAAAUCACUUUCGGAUAAUGAUUAAGGAACAUUGUAUGUAAUUGUUUUCAUUCCAAACGCUAGUUAAAUAUUGCUUAAAUAAGGCAGAAAGGUUUAUAUUGUUUUCUUAAAUGGUACCAUGCAGCAGUUUUAUAAAUAUAUGUGUUAUGUGUAUCCACUUGGGGUUGAAAAUCCACGUAAAUACGAAUGCGUUGUUACGUCGCUCCCACCUAGCCUUGUUAUAUAUAUAGUUAAUGAAAAUACGCUCUUAUUAAAGAAUAUUAAUGCAACGGUUUGCUUUCAUGAUGUCGAAACAACUUACAAAAAAAUUACUUGUGAUUGUAAACAAGUUAUUUCUUUUGAGAAUUUAUAGCUUUCUUCUGUUCAUAUUAGCAUCAAUUACGUAUAGUAUUGCCAUUAUAAUUAUCUGUCUCGUGAAUAGUCAACUUUUAUUCGUUAAAAAGAGAUUACGUAUGCACUCAUUUAUUGAAAAAGUCUUUUGCCGCCUUGAAAGUAUUAGAGGAGGAAUGACCCAUUUGUGUAAACAAACACAUUUGGCUAUACAGAGUUGUGGCCCUUGGGCACGCAAGAAAUCCACGAUUGUGGGUUCGAUUCCCAGUUUGUCCCGAUGGUGGUUCUGGGUUCGUCAGCACCGGGAUCGUGGGUAUCUUCAAAAACAAUACAAGUUUGAAAUCUGCUUCACGGCUGUCUUUCCAACUACAUUAAGCUGGCAUGCUGGAAUACUGUUCCGAGCAGCUUCGAAAACAGCUCACUCACUUACUUGAAAUAUCAAGAUAUUUGGGACAACCUUGCAACAAAAAACUAUUGAACAGCUGUAUGAAGCUAUCGAUAAUGUCCUCAACGUUAAUUUUAUGCAUGUUUCGAUUAUUGCAAACACACGCACACGCACACGCACACGCACACACACGCGCGUGCACACAAACACAAACACACUCGAAAUGUGUAAGACAUUUUGUAAAUUCCUGAUAGUCUGUCGGUGUUUUGGGUACACGUAAAAUCUCCUUUUUCUGUUCGUUCGAUUUCUGUUUCACUGUAAUGAAUAGAACUUGUGAUUUCAGUUUGUCAGUGUCCAGCUGACAGUAAAAUUAGUUUUAAACAUUUGACUGUGAUAUUAAUCAUCAUUGCGAUCUGUUGUUCAAUAUUAUUCAGCAUUAACAGCAUAAAGUAUGUUCGUUACUCGAGGUAGCAGCUGGACAGUAUGCACAAGCAUAUCUUUGUUUUAAGGUGGAGGUCUCUUGUGGCCAUGAUCGUACACAAUAGCUUGUUCGUUACAUAAUUAGACAAAACACAAAGCUUAUCUUUCAAUGAUAUUUGUUCAGGAAUUCAUUUUUGGUGAUCAAUUAUUAUGUAUAAUUACAAUUAUAUAUCUGCAGCGAAAACAUUUUACAUGAAAAUUUUGUAUCGUGUUUACAAAACUAAUUUCCGUAUUAUCAGAUAACUUACAGGACGUUUUUACUCGUUAUAAUUAAUAUUCUUGUUUAUGGUUUUAAUAUGUUUAGUUUGUUGGUUGAUGAUUAAUUUGAUAUAUUUCUAUGUCAUCUCAAAAAUGUAUCAGUCAUUUAUUAUUCGUUCAAAACAUUGUAUGAAACUUCAGGUUUUUUGUUCAUUAUCCUAAAGAUUUAUUUUAUCACGUCAAUCAUCACCUUUCUCAUCUUUAUGUCUGGUAAUUAUGCUUCCUAUUCUUCAAUUGUAUGUAUAAUAUUUCAAUAUUUACGAAUAAAAUAUUUCUAA